AUGCCGAAUCUUCCCUCGAGUUCCUUCGCGCAGGAUGGUGCUGGCUCUGCAUCCCUUCGUAGAAGUUCGGAGCAGUUUGCAUCUGCGCACCUGGCAGCAGCAGCUCAGAAUCUAGUUCCACCACGCAGAGCAUCGCUGGGCAACGUCAUGUCUUCUGGCAGUGCCAAUGACAUGCUUCGAGCCGCCUCCGCUAUGGCUGCACAAGCGAGUUCUGGCGCUGAAGGGCUUCAAGCAGUCAGCUCUGCACUCCUCAGUCAGGCAAAGGCACAAGCUUCUGCCUCUGCCCUAUCCUUCCAAGAUGCUGCAAAUCCUCAGUCGACUCCCAUGGCACGCAACUGGUCUGAUUCAGCAGGCUACUCGGCCGCCAUGAGCGCUCACAUCGCAUCCACCCUCGAGACACAGAUGGUCAAGCUGCAUCCGACAAGGCAACAGCCAACGUUGGCUGCUCCUAUCAGCGCUGCUAUCGAUCCAAAAGCGCCAUUGCCCGACUCGGCUGAUCCAGAGGUGCAAAUGGGUCGCAUCGCUGCUCAGGCCGCUGCGAGAGAAGCCCAGACUCAGUGGCGCACACAAUUAGCAUUACGAUCAGCAGCUCGUUCAAGCUCAGCUGCUGAUCCCUCAACUGCGAACAGCAGCAACCGAGCAUCUGCUUCGACCUCAAGUCCACCACAAGGCUCAACGAAUCUAACUAGCCCCAGCGCCAACAUAGCAGACAUGUCCCUCACCGAUUACUUGCGCUACCUUGGCCUCAGCCACAUCGAGAUGCCAUCCCAUGGUUUCCUGCAGUCAUUUGGACAACCCGCUCACUCGUCUUCACCCUACUGGGAUGCCACCAAUCCUCACAUGGGCUUCAGUCUCUCCGGUGUUCCAAGUAUGCCCCUCAUGCCCAAUCCACCAUUACAAAUGCUUCCGCCACCUGCAUCACCCUCAUUCCGCCGGAAAAUGUCGAAAGGCCCUUCAUACAUUCGGCAUCCUUCCAGCGCUUCGAUCAGCUCCACCGACUCUGGCGAGACCAGCAAUGAUUUUGAGCCCAACGUCAUGUCGCCCUUUCCCUAUCCAUUCCAGGUAGUGCAGACGCCGGGUGGCACAGCCAGAGCUGGAUGGUGGGUACCCGUCUCUGAGGUUUCCCCAGAGAAGAGAGCCAAGGCGGUCAGGAUUGGAGAUAAGCCAUCAACAUCAUCCGGCUUGCCCUUUCCGAGGACCUCGAAGCUUGAAUCAAUUCCUGAAGGCAGCACACUUGCAGAGCAGCGAGGUCAAGACGAAGAAGGCCACUUGUUCUUCCAGCCUACCUACCGCGACUUUACGAGUGACGAGUUUUCGACCUUAGCCACCGCUGCUGCUUAUGCCACUGCAGCCCUCACCAGUAUCGCGUCGACCCCUGGCGACACAUCACAAUCGAGCUCAUGGAGAGCUCUUACUGCUUCCGAGCAGGAAGCUAUUGCCAAUCAGCUCCGAGCGUGGGCGGGCCUCGAAGGUCCACAUGCGCAAGCUCAAGCUCGCAGGGCGCUCGAAGAACGACAGAUCCAUCUCAUCAACCAAGCCGUUCAUCGCGACUUGCUGACGGCGCAAGACGCCGACAAAACCAAGGUUGCCGAUGAUGACUUCGGCCAGCUCCACCGCCCAGAAGAGGCUACACGAUUCUUCCCGCCUGACUUUGCCAGUCACUACCGCACUCAGCUACAAGCUCUUGCAGAGGGAUACUACACCCGCUUGCACAACGAGAAUCUCUCACAGGCUCAUUAUGCCCAGCCUCCUGCAGAGGAGCGUCGCAUCGACCCUGAAGUAAACAAUCGAGAAGCUUCCCGCCAACAUGAAAAGAGGAACACCAACGAUGAAUACGCUUCACAUCAAGCGCAACGCAGUCCCACUGUUGCCGACACUUUCAGCAGCCUGCAGCCUCCCGUCCAAACACCAACUUUGCGACCGGGAGCCAGAGAUCCAGUCGAGCUUCUCAGUGCCGCCUCGAGCGCUGCAGGCCAUCAUGUCUCGUCACCAGAAGUGCGCGACCAAUUGCUUCGGUAUGCUCAUGGCCUCUACACCCAAGGACCUCCGCAGCCUGACGCCUCUGCCAAAGGGACUGACAAGCUGCAUCCGACUCUGCUGCCGCUGCUGCACACUCUGCACAAGCUUCAUCCCGACCAUCUUGCAACUCUCCUGCUGCUUUCAUGCGCCUACUACGCUGCCGACAACUACGCAGGCUCGCUUUGGUACAACAAUCUCAUCCUUCGCAUCGAUCCCAACUAUGUUGAGAGCAUGAGCAACAUCGGCACCACGUUGCGAGCACUUGGCCGAUAUCAAGAAGCUGAGAGUUGGUGGUGGAGGGCUGUUCGCCUGAGACCUGCAUACUGGGACGCUUACGAAAACCUGCUCGGUGUCAUGUGUUCCGCCAACUCUCCUCCAGCCGCAGUCAAGAAUGGAGUUCAGGACUCGCAGCCUCCACAGCCAAGAUUCAAGGAAGCACUUCAGCUGUGCGAGCACGUUGAAUCGCACGUUGUCGGUCGUCAGAAUGCUCCAGGCAUGUCUCUGCCACUCUAUCUGCCGUCGAAUCUUCCUUUGACGCAGACGCCUCGACUCCAGAACCUCUUCUACGCCAAGGGCAAUCUCAAGUUUGUCCUGCCAGAGCAAGGCUCCGUUCCAGCAGCAGCCGAGUAUCAGAAGGCGGUUGAAGUGGUUCUCUCUCCAGACGAGUCGACACGAUACAGCCUCCGUGACCUGGUCGUAGCCACGUGCGCUAUCGGCUUGCUGUCCAUGGGAGCUAUGUUGCCCGGAAGUGCUGCUGCCGCUGCUGCUCUGGAAGUUGCGGUGGCCAUGGGUAUCAACCCUACCAAUCCUGACCAUGCUGCAAUCCUGGCGAGCGGUGCAUUCAGCCGCUUCUGUCCCGGAGGCAUCCUCGCAUUGGUGAAGCUGUCAGGCCAUGUCAUUGUCAACACAUUGCUCCGUCUCGGCAACGGUCAGCUUCCAAUGCUGCUGCUCUUGCCCGAGGCCGCUACUCAGCUCUGCAAAGUCAUCUUUGCCGAGACGGCUGGCAACCUUCCAGCGCUUGCUCGAUCGCAGAGCAACUCAACGCCCCAGAAUUUGGCGACUCUGCAACAGGCUCAAAAGCAGGCAGCGCAGACCACGUCCACCAUCUUGCUCACCCUUGCCAAGCUGUUCCAGGAUGCCACAGCAAGCCCCAUCGCUGGACCUCAUGGACCGCUUACACUCGGCGGUAUUCCUCCUUCAACCUCGUUGCUGCUUCCGCUGUAUUACCUGUCGAUCUCUAUGCACGCCUCAGCCUCGACAUGCAACAAUCUCGGCAUUCUGCUCUCUUCCAUCCCUGUCCUCACCACCGUCGUCAACGCAGCAGGUCAGCCACAGCAACUCAAUGGUCAGGCACUGGCCAUGCAAUACUACACGCAAGGUCUCCAACUUGACCCCAAGCAUCCUCACAUUUACACCAAUCUUGGCUCGCUUCUCAAAGAUCUCGGCCAUUUGAACGAAGCUAUCAAGAUGUAUCAGAAGGCCGUUGAGUCUAACCCGGACUUCGACGUCGCUCUCGCCAACUUGGGCAACGCCAUCAAGGACCAGGGCCGAACGCAGGACUCGGUGGUGUACUACCGCCGUGCAGUACAAGUCAAUCCGAACUUUCCCGAAGCGCUCUGUGGUCUUGUCAACGCACUUCUUGCAGUAUGCGAUUGGACAGAGGUGUACUCAGAAAAGCGAGCGCAGGAUCAGUCGAAGCAGGUUACAACUAGGCAGGCGAAUGGUGCUGGCCAAUCUGCUCGAGGCUGGAUGGUUAAUGUUUCGGAGCUCGUGUCCAAGCAGUUGAGAGACGGCUGUCACUAUGGUGCAGGCGCCUUCCAGACCGUCGGUCGCCUGGAAGAUUGGGUUCGAACCAUCAUAGAUACGAUGGGUGAUACUCGACCAGCAGCUGUGCAGAUUUGGACACAGCGCCUCUCGGUCUUCUAUCAGCCUGGAUUUGACCGAGUUGCCAACCAGAUUUGCGAGGGAGGCUACUUGAUCCAGCUGAUCGAAAGGAUGAUGCGUCGGUCACAGCGCAGAUGGUAUGUUGACGCUUAUGGAGCUGGUAUGCUUCAGACAGCAACGGAGCUUCCUCGCGUCACUUCAGCAAUGCCUCACGCGGCAAGAUAUACGAGACCAAAGCUCCCGUCGUGCCUUGUCACGCCGGCAGUCCCUACUGUGCUUCCGUUCCACACGUUCACCUAUCCGCUCUCGCCUCGACAGAUCCGUCUGAUCUGCCAUCGAAACGCUUUGCGAAUCUCUCAAAGCACACUGACCCAGAUGUGGGUGCCCGAUGUGGUAUACCCACCACCCUCGCCUCCAGCGCCCAAGAUCAACAUCGGCUACGUCUCCUCCGACUUUAACAAUCAUCCGCUGGCACACCUCAUGCAGUCGGUGUUCGGUUUCCACGACCUUUCGCGCUUCAAUGUCUUCUUGUAUGCCACGACGCCGUCAGAUGGGAGUCCAUAUCGACAGAAGAUCGAGCGCGAGGCACAACACUUGAUCGAUGUCUCGGCUUGGUCGAAUCAGCAGGUGGUCGAGCGCAUUGUGAUGGAUAAUGUCCACGUGCUGAUGAAUCUCAAUGGCUACACUAAGGGUGCACGCAACGAGAUCUUUGCUGCUCGUCCCUGCCCGGUUCAGAUGGAGUUCAUGGGCUUUGCUGGUAGUAUGGCUUCGCGUUGGACUGAUUGGGUUGUGGCAGAUCCGAUCGUCUGCCCGCCUGAGAUGACGUGUGUUGACAGGUGGCGUCAGCAGAAGUACCAAGCUGCAACGGCAGGCAGUUUGGUCCAGCAAGGUGCGACGGACAUGUUGGCAGACCUUGAUCCAGAAGAAGCCUCAGAUGAAUGGGUCUAUCCUGAUCGAUUCAUCUACAUGCCCCACACGUACUUUGUCAAUGACCACAAACAAGGUUUCCGCGAAAGUGUUCCCGCUGAAACUCUCAAGCUGGCAACAAAAGGCACAGACCACGAGGAUUCAGACACCAUUGUUGAAGGCGACCUUACCGAAGAGCAAUCAUGGGCAAGCGAAGAGUUCAAGCGCUACGCGAUGCGACGCGAACUCUUCCCCACCCUCCCAGACGACUACGUGAUCUUUGCCGACUUCAACCAGCUUUACAAAUGCGAUCCGAUGCUGUUCAAGCUCUGGCUACGCAUCCUCAAACGUGUCCCCAAAUCCAUCUUGUGGCUGUUACGCUUCCCAGCAGCAGGAGAACACCAUCUCUUGCGCCAAGCUCGCAGGUAUGCAGGGGAUGAAGUUGCCUCUCGUGUCAUCUUUACUGAUGUUGCACCCAAGCAUAUCCACAUUCAUCGCGGUCGAAUUGCCGAUUUGUUCCUCGACACUACCGAGUGCAACGCUCAUACGACUGCAGCUGACAUCUUGUGGUCUGCCACGCCAGUGUUGACCUGGCCGAGACAUAUGCACAAGAUGUGCUCGAGGGUAGCGGCGAGUAUUGUCCACGCGACAGGGUUUGGGGAGGAAAUGACGGUGAAUAGCGAACAGGAGUAUGAGGAUCGGGCGGUGGAGUUUGCUCAGUCGCUGGAGUAUGUGUACUAUGAUGAGAAGGGGAUGGAGGUUGGAGGUGUGGUAGAUGAGAAGAAGGAGAGGUGGGCAAGUGAUUUAGAGGCAGAUCCGAAGAGUGUUGCUGCUCAACCACACGGUAGUCAAGCUGCAUCAACCGAAGGUUCUGCUGGUGCGCAGGUGAACGGUCAUUCGAACCAGAGCGACUCGGCAAGCACAUCCGCCGGUGCUCAAGGCAAAGCUAGCCCCAACAGCAACGACCAAGGACAGCAAUCACACUCAGUUGCGACGGCAACCAAGAGAGCUCGCUCUGCCUCGGUCUUGCCUCAGAACAACCCGGCACCAGCCCCAACCGGGGUAUCGCUAGCUGAAGCAGCCAAACACUCGGAUACAAACGCUUCAACGGACGCAGUGCUUGCUGAAAGCAUCCCUGCUCGUCGCAAAAUUCGUCUGCCACCAUCACCGGACUAUCGUGGAGCUGUAACACGUCGGGCUGUCAUCCGCACAGAUUCCAGCGCUAAUCUGUCGAGAUUGAGAAAGAGACUCUUUUUGACAAGAGAGACAGAGUCGAAACUGUUUGAUACAAAACAGUGGACGAGAGAUUUAGAGAAAGGGUAUGUCGAAGCUUGGACUAGGUGGGUGCUAGGUGUGGAUACCGAGGACUCGGCGGAGACGGAAGGUUUAGAUCCGGGGUCUAGGCUGGGAGAGAGAGUGUUGCGUAGUGGACAUAUCUGGGUGGAGCAGUUGUGA